UGGCACUGGGCGAUGUGGUUUAGUGAGGGUUACAGCGGCAGUGCUGGGCGAACGCUUGAACCGGAUGAUCUUAAAGAUCUCUUCCAACCUUGGUGAUUCUGUGAACAGAGGCGGCGAGGCUCCUGUGUCCCGGUUUGGGGGGGGUGAAACUCAGCACUCCGUGAUUCCGGCUCCCUCUGAGGGCAGAGGCCGGAGAGCGCCGCGCCCGCGUCCGUCAGCUCCGGUGCCGCUCCCGGCCCGUCCGCCGGCGGCUGCGCGGGCCUCUCCCCUUCCUCCUCCUCCUCCUCCUCCUCCCGCCGCGGCCGCUGCCCCCGCGGCAGGGAUGGAGGCCAUCGAGGAGCUGGCGGUCCAGCCCUGCACCUCCUCCCUCUACCUGCGGCCUUUCCGCCUCUCUUACCGGCAGAAUGGCACUAAGAAGUUCUGGGAUUUUAUGAGGACACAUGACAGUGUGUCAAUCCUGAUCUUUAAUACUUCUCGGCAGUGCUUUGUUGUGGUGAAGCAGUUCCGCCCAGCUGUUUACAUGUGUGAAAUAGAAAGGCAUCAUCCUCAAGUCUUUGAGAAUCAGGACAAGGAGAGCUUCCCUUCCCUGGAAAAUCCCUUACCUGCUGUGGUUGGAGUGACCUAUGAACUCUGUGCUGGCAUUGUGGACAAGCCAGGCCUUUCUUUAGAAGAAAUUGCUUGUGAGGAAAUUCUGGAAGAGUGUGGCUAUCGUGUUUCCAUUGCAGACCUCAGGAGGAUCACUUCUUACAGGUCUGGAGUUGGUGUGACAGGUUCUAGGCAGACUUUGUUUUAUGCAGAAGUAAACGACCAGAUGAGAACCAGUGGAGGAGGUGGCCAGCCUGAAGAGGGAGAGCUGAUUGAAGUUGUGGAAAUACCUUUAGGAGAAUCCAUGAAGUUUGCUUAUGAUGAGACUUUCCCGAAGACAAUGGGUGUCAUCUUCAGCUUCAUGUGGUUCCACAACAACAUAGCACCUAAACUACCCAAAAAGUAAAGCACCAUGAUUUUAAGGAAAGCUUUUCUGCUGGUGCUGUGCAUGCAGGAAGCUGAAAAUCUGCCUGCCUCAAUCAACUCAACUUCUUACAAGACUAAUUUUUCUUUAAAUAAAUUUGGAAGUAAAAUCUGAAUUAAAAUCUUCACACAAUUUCCAUUCUUAGCAAAACGCUAACUGGAAUCGCUGGGGCCAGGAUUUGCCUUGGAGAGGCAAAUAUUGAUUUUUGUGCAAAGAUUAGGUGAAUGUGUCCAGAUCUCCUUUCUCACAACGCUGUUUAGAGGAGCUGCCCAAGCCCUCAGCACAGCUGCCUCAGGAGCCUCUCACUGUGUCUGUGCACACUGGCAAUGUGUAUUCAUUUUCAGUUUUGGUAUUUUUUUGAAGAAAGGAGCAAACCUUAACAGUCACAGAUGCCUUAACAACGUUCCUGAGUUCAGCACAGCUUUCAGGGAGCAGCUUUCUCUGUGGUGUGUGGCUCUUGUGCAGAGGAGGCGUUUGCAUUUCUGAACAUGCAGGCCUUUAUUUCAUAAGCAAACAGGUCUGUAAAUCCUGCUAACGUGUCACUUUGACAAUGGAGCAGCUGUAAGAUUAUGUGCUCCUGUUUGUUCCCAUCACAAUGCUGGGCAGCAGUGAUGGUGAUGGAGGGGUGAAGGAUGGGGGCUUCUGCUGGAACACAUGCUUCUUUGUUUGCUUUAUGGGCAAUAGUUGAUAAAUUAGAUCAAACUUUGUCCUCUAGAGCGGGACCAGAGAGGUCGAAUGCUUUUAAUUUGAUGAUGAGGUGAUUAACACAAGGGAUUUCUCUGAGCUUUGCUGUGGUCUCAAUUUCCUUACCACCCAAAUGGGAGGAAUGGGACUUACCCCUCAGAUAACACUUCUUGGAAUCUAAUGAUUGGAAGUGCUUUAUUGUGAUUUUAUCAUGAUUUAUGAAGUUUACAUGAAAGCCUGUGCAACCUGCACAGACUUACUGAGGAAUGGCUUUUAAAAUCAACGUCUUGAUUUAAUAAUUUGAUUUAAUUUGAUUUAAUAAAGUGGUCUAAUUAGAACAUAUAGUACUUGUUCUAUCAGUGUAGUUUGGAUGUGGACUGUUUAUCAUGUGAAACUGUUAAGAGCAUGAAUGAAACAGAAUGAAGUCUGGCAAUUUAAUUAUGCACUGGGUUAUGUUAUUCACUGACUUAAUCAACAUGCCCACGUUAUAAAUGCCUCCAGGAGUACUGAGGUGCUAAGUGUGUUUAGAAGAGAACUGCAAAUAUGCAAACUGAACUUAACAGCUGAAAUAAGUGCAGCAGAGGAGUCUGAUGGUGUCCAGUGAUUUUAAAUCACUGCUUAUCUCAAUAGGUGUAUAAAUAAAAUAGGCUUUUUUAAAAAGAGCUUUUUGAAUUGCUGUUUGCUGGUUUUUAGGGAGGAAAGGUCCUUGGAAAGCCACUGAAGAAGGAGCAGCCUCUGCCUAUGGAGUCAGGCUAUUUCUGGAAGCUCAGACACAGCUGUGUUGAGCUGGGCCUGGUCCAUGGUGAGUCAAAGGCUGAGUUAUUGUGAGAAGCAAAUAAAUUCUGUCUGUCUGAUGUAUUUACAUUGGAAGGUGUUUCAAGGUGGGGUCUCCACUGCUCUGUCUAGUACAGUGUGUCCUGAUUGUUGCUGAGGCCUUUAUGAACUACUACAGUCCAUAAAAUAAAUAACGCCUUUUAUUCCAGGCUGUAGUAACCAAAGUUUCUAUUUGAUUCCGCCAAAGUGACUGGUCACACAGCAGCUGGUGUGCCUACAUGUCAAAAAUCUUUUUUUCUGUAUAAUGCGGAAAUUGGGAAAAAUAAAAUCUUUUGCCCCUCCAA